GGAAAACGUUGGAAUCAUCAGCGUCUAGAAGAGUGACCGAUCCCUUAGAGAACACAUUAGCCUGUGGUGAAUGAAUUUCAUGACAGUGAUAAUUGCCCGCCUUGGAAUACCACGUGUAUUCAAGAACCGGUGGUUUGGUGGGUAAUGGACGAACAAUGCAAGUUGACGCCGAGGCAGGCCAAAACUUUGCGUCCACUGUGAAAAAAAACGUCCACUUCCACAUCCUAAAGGGCAUUGUUUCUGAGUACAAAAAAUGCGAAAAAUCAAGAACCAAUUCCUCAUCUACCGUGCACUAGACAGACAUGGACCGCGCCGCCACUCAGCAUGCUGCCAUAUCCAAAACGGCCACGAAACGGACCUACACCCACAAGUGUGGCAGGUGCCGUACCGUUCUUGAAUAUGACACACACGCCGACUGGCCCACGAUCAACCUCCUUGUCAACGAGCACUAUUUUGCUUGUCCAAUCAAGCUCGACUUUGGCGGGCCUGCUCCAUCUCAUUUCCCUGCCGAACCUGACGACACACAAAACGCACGGAGUCCUCCACAUGACUAUAAUGAAAACAUGGGUGCCGCUGACGGCAGGCACGAUGAAUCAUUCGUCGCAGGUUUUAGCAGGCAGAGGAAAAACGAGGCUCGGCGGAAACAGGAGCUCGAGGACGACGAGUACACCUACAACGUACGACCCACAUCCGUCAGGUGCCGUGGGUGUGACAGAGAGAUUAGCCUCGACAAGCGCUCGAGGUAUUACCCAGGGUUGUGGAUGAAACAUCGAGGGAAGUGUACAAGACUUCAAAAGAUUGAGAACGAGAAACUCGCCCGAAGUGGAGACGGAUUUUGUCCGUCAAAUGCAGAACGGCGCCCGACAGGUGCUAGCUCGUUUGAGCUAGAUAACCCCCGAACUGACGGCAUUUUGCGGGCGGCGAACUCUGUUGAGUACAAUGCACCACGACCAAUGGGACUCCCGGAUGACGAAGAUCCGGAGGAGGGAGAUCGGGAUCACAUCCCUUUCAGUACAUUGAACCAGCAAUUUUAUAACGAGUGCUGGCAAAGGGGAGACAGGCCGUGGAAGUACCGGUACGCCACCACGAAGGAAAUCAUGGAGCAAACAUUGGGCGACAUUAGAUACUAAUAAUGUGGUGAAUAUCAAUGCCAAAAUUCCGGCGCUCCUUGCUGGCAACUAACGUCAUAAACUUUCCUGCUGAACUACAGACAUUAUAUGGGCUCCAAAAACGUCGUGGCGUUCGUUCUAAAAACAACUUCUCCAAGUUGGUGGGGUUCUGCAUGAUAAGAUCACUAGACAAACGAGUAACGUGGAAAAUAAUAUUACUUACAUAUACUUAUACACGUUGCCCUUUGAUCCUGCAAAAUCGUGCCAAAUUUCAUUAUGCUGUAAACUUGCAGUCACUGUCACUGCCUCUGUCCUCGAGGCUUCAAUGCACAAGGAUUCGGCACUAUCCCCUCCAGGUAAUGUAGA